AUGGCUGCAACUGGACCAUUUCUGGGAGGGGGACGGGACUUUGAUCGACAAGAGUAUUUGCGCCGCACGCAAUCUGGGGUCUGCGAGAAGCUCCUUACCACCGCUGAUAUGAACACUCUCCACGCUUGCACCAUAAUUCAGUUCCUGCUUCUCGGCGACGGGCGCAUGACAAGCUACUGGGGUCUCGUCACGAUGCUGCCUCAAGUGGCGCUGCGCGCUGGAUUGCAUCUCGAGGAUCACCACCUCUCGCCGGAGCAGCGAGAAUACAGGCGUCUGAUGAGUCUUGUUGUCGACAACAGCUCAUGGAGAUCGCGAGAGUCUACCCGCCGCCUCUUCUGGGUGCUAUUCCUCUUGGAGCAGUUCGCCGCCUUGCUGUCAGGUACCAAGUCAAGCUUCGACCCUAACAUGGUUCGAAGACUUCUUCCUUGUGAUGGCCAAUUAUGGCUGGAGAAUCGACAGGUUCAAACUCGAGAAUUUAUACAGGCCAAUGUUGCCGCACAGGUGCGAAUCACCCCUGAUCCGAGUAUUGGUGGCUUGGCCUACCUCAUUGAGGCGACUGAGAUCCUCACCAUGGUCAACUCGUUCGCCAGGACAACGACUAGGACAAAGACGCCAUUCCAGGAUCCUCGAGGGUUCCUGAGAGAGUUUCUUAAUCUCGACUUGGUUCUGGCCAACUGGAAAUCGAGACUCCCUGCUCGAUAUCAGCACGCCUCGCCCGACAAGAAUGGGUACAUAGACCAUAACAUGACUCUCGCCCACUUGACGCACAACACAAGCGGCAUACUAUUAUACCAGGCCCCUCGAGCAUUCUGCAGACCCCAGCCCCCAGUCGGUAGUAGCACUCAGGACAGCAGCGGCCAAUCUACACUUAUGGCUCAUGUGGCACUGGUCAAGCAGGCCGCCAAAGAGAUCGGCAAGAUAUGUACUCGGUUCCUCCUUCACCGGAGGUACCUCGUGUCAGGGCAGUUCUCCUUUUGCCAGUUCAUCGCAGCUCGCGCCUUACUUGCUUACUCAAGCUGGUUGAUGGAACCGGUGGAUGACGACUUCGAGACAAUCCUCACCUCUCUAGCCGAGUCAUCCAAGCGAUAG